AUGGUGCUGCUGCAGGUACUUGGACUGCACCGGUGGCCAAAAGAAAGCGCCCGCGCUGCAGCCAACCAGACGGUGCUGCCAAAAGGACGAGACAUUCGGUGCCAGAGCUUCCAAAGGUUUCUUCCAGAAAAAAUAGAUUACAUGCUCCCGCUGCACAAUUUUCCUGGAUUCCCACUAGAGCGUCUAUUAUGCUUUCUACGAACACCUGCAGGUCUUAUGGAUACUUUGUUGGAAAAAAAUUGUGGAUUGCUCAAGCCAUAUACUUACAUGUCUAAUGCUGGCACCGAAGCAAUGGAUCUUGGAUCUUCAUCCAGUGAUAAAGUUGGAUCGUAUACAGAAAUUGAUUCCGUCGAAGCAUCUGAAGCUGAGCUACAGAAUUUUGACUCCUGUGAAAUCGAGGAAGGGGAUUAUGUGUAUGACGAAGACGAAGGCUGCUAUGUGAAUGGCGUUGAAGGGCCUGAUUAUGAAUUUGAUGAGAUUGACUUAUAUCAACAACUGGAUUAUAAAUUUGACGAUUCAUAUCUGCCUCCAGGUGUGGAGUGUAGUGUACCAUUGGUGCAGAAAGCUGUAACUGAUGACGGGCCUGACAAUUUUAAGUCAAUGUCAGAAAUAGAGGAUGAAAUUGGCAAGAAAUACAAGUUAUUUAAACAGUUUGACAUUAUUAAAGAUUUCUCUGAUCAUCAUUAUGCCAGUAAUCCUGUUGGAAAGACAGGGAAAGAGUGGACAAAAAGAAUUCAGCAUGACUGGAAACUCCUGGAGAACAAUUUACCAGCGUCCAUAUAUGUUCGCGUUUCGGAAAACCGAAUGGACCUUCUCAGGGCUGUGAUCAUUGGGCCUCAGGGAACACCCUACCAUGAUGGCCUUUUCUUCUUUGAUGCUCAAUUCACUGCUAGUUAUCCAGCGACUCCUCCAGUGGUAUACUAUCAUUCUGGAGGACUUCGGCUUAAUCCAAAUCUGUAUGAUUGUGGAACAGUCUGCCUUAGCCUCCUGGGAACCUGGCAUGGUAACGGCUGUGAGAAUUGGAACUCAGCUCACUCAAGCAUGCUACAAGUGCUGAUAUCCAUUCAAGGUCUCAUAUUGAAUGAAAAGCCAUACUUCAAUGAGCCAGGAUACGAGACUGAAGUCAAUGAUGCUAAUGGACAGAGGAGGUCCUUGGAGUAUAAUGAUACAGCAUUUCAGCACUCGUGUGGGACAAUGCUGUACUCACUUCGUAGGCCUCCACAGCACUUUGAAGAUCUUGUUGCCGGCCACUUUCGUGAACGUGGCCAUGCAAUUCUGGCUGCAUGCAAAUAUUACAUGGAAGGUAACGAAGUUGGGUCCGUAGUUCCUGAUGAGGACGAUGAGGGCAAGGAGCUGGAAAAUGCAAAUGCGCGUGCAGGUGCAGGUCGACGAACCGCAUCCUUCAAGGGCGACAUGAAGGUUCUGUUUGAAGAGCUCCUGGUGGAAUUCAGUGUGAAGGGUGCUGACACCAAGAAGUUCUGUGCUGAGAAGGUGAAGAAGACGCGUCAAAAAAAGAAGAAGUUGAAGAAGAGCCAGCCUGCUGCUGCUUGA